AAUUUGAACAAGAAUUUAUUAUGUGUGUAUAAAAGAUAAUACCAAGUAAAUGCAACUGAACUUGAAAAUCAGCCAUGAUAGAGUUUUUGAAGAAGACUAUUCACUCCCAUUAUCGUUUUCUCGUUGGGGGCGGUGGUUGCAGUUCACUGAGCCCUCACCCUCGGGGAGAAGGGUUAAAAAGAGAAGGGUGAAAUGUAGUUUUCUGUGGAGCUCUUCUUUUUUAAGGUCCCAGUUUAGUGUUUUUUGACUUUGAUUGAGGCAACCUCCAACUGGGUCCUACCUCUCCCUGCAUCCUCCUUUCAACUUUACAAUUCAACACACUGUCGUUUCUCCAAGCAGUCUAUAACUAAACUAGUACAGAAAGCAGUAAUUUCAUUGUAGGAUCUUUUGGCCAUUUUAUGUCCUGCAACGUACACACACGUGUAUAUAUAUAGAAUUCUCUACAUACCCCAUUUGGUACACCACCUCUCUCAUCUUCCUUUCCUAGUUUAUUUUUGGUCUCUUCAUUUCUUUUUUUUUCUUAAAUGCCGGAAAACAUGAGCAUAUCUGUAAAUGGACAAACUCACGUCCCUCCCGGAUUCCGAUUCCAUCCAACCGAAGAGGAGCUAUUGCAAUACUACCUCAGGAAAAAGGUUUCCUAUGAGAAGAUCGAUUUGGAUGUAAUUCAGGAUGUUGAUCAUAACAAGCUUGAGCCCUGGGAUAUUCAAGAGAGCUGCAAAAUUGGAACCACUCCCCAGAAUGAUUGGUACUUUUUUAGCCAUAAAGACAAGAAGUACCCUACUGGGACUCGGACCAACCGUGCCACGGCUGCUGGGUUUUGGAAAGCGACCGGCCGUGACAAAGUUAUAUGUAGCAACUGCCGCCGGAUUGGGAUGAGGAAGACUUUGGUGUUUUACAAAGGACGAGCUCCUCAUGGCCAAAAAUCUGAUUGGAUCAUGCAUGAAUACAGACUAGAAGAUAACAUCGCUGAAACCAAUAUGGUCUCUAAUGCUAUGGGGAAGGGGCCACAAGAAGAGGGAUGGGUGAUUUGUCGUGUCUUCAAGAAGAAAAAUCACCACAAAACCCUAGACAGCCAUAUUAGCUCAUCUCUCACUGAAAAAGCCAGGGACCGUAUGUUCCGUGCGUUCAAUGAUGGAGCCUUGGAGCAGAUACUAGAAUACAUGGAAAGGAAUUGCAAGGACGAUAGUGAAGCUAACAACGGUACGAGUAGGAGAUUCCUCAGCCCCAUGGAGACAUCCACCAGCAACGUCUACCCGGCCGACUCAUUCAUGGAACUCCCAAGCUUAGAGAGCCCAAACUCCGCCAGCAGCCAGAGCUGUUACCAACCCAUGUUGACGGACAAUGAAUGUUCAAUCACCAACCAGGUCAGUGGUGAUCCCAACUCAGUUGGUAACAGUAACUCUAGGCUCACCAACUGGGCAGUACUUGAUCGGCUUGUAGCUUCUCAGCUCAAUGGUCAAACAGAGACAUGUAGGCAAUUAGCUUGCUUCGAUGACCACACCACAGCCUACUGCAGCCCCAGUAUUACUGAUCAUCUUGAUCUCCAAUUACCAGCUCUUCGAUCAGGAUUAUAACUGCGAAUUUGACAUUGGAGUUUCACCUCAUCAUUUUCAUAUUCGGCCCACUAUUUGACGCGGUGAAUGCUAGUGUAUAACAGGUCAAUAACCCCUAUAUAUACUAAUAUAAAAUGAAUCAUACCUUAGUUACUAAUGUCAGAAGGUUGUGUUGCAACAACAGUUAUGUUAAUGAAUACAUAGAAUGGUAUUAAUAUAAUUAAAUAGUGAACUUCUUUCCUAGAUGGGGUGGCAUUGUCAACCAUUAUCUUGAAUUAACCAAGAUGUCUACAGCACUCUAGAAGCCUAUUUGAUAAUAUCCGUCUCUUUCUAAACACAAUAAUAUCAUAAUUCU